GUUUUUUUUUUUCCUUUGAUCAUUCAAUCAUGCUCAAUGUAAUCAUCUUUAGUCUAACAUUUAUAAUUCUAUUUCUAUUAAGACUCUGGCUCAUUCUUCCAAAACAAAGUAAAUAUAAUAUUCAAAAAAGACGCACAAAAGCAUGUAAGACGUGUAUUUUUCUAGGUUCAGGUGGACAUACAGCAGAAAUGUUACAGCUUGUCAAAUCCCUUCAUCCAAUAACAUAUUCACCAAGAUCUUAUAUUAUAACCAACACGGAUAUCUUGAGUAAAGAGAAAGCAAUUGAACAUGAAAAUAGUCUAAAAAAGGGGAAAUUUGACAUAUAUACGAUACCCAGAGCUAGAGAAGUUGGACAAUCAUGGUUAACUGUGCCCAAGACAGUGAUAGUUGCAUUGUUAGCUUCCAUAAGAGUGAUGCUUUUAUCAUGGCCAGACCUGAUUAUUUGUAAUGGACCUGGUAGUUGUAUACCUAUUUGUAUGUUGGCCUAUCUACCAAGAAUGUUAGGCAUUAAAAAAAUUGAAAUUAUCUAUGUGGAAUCAUUUGCUCGAGUACAUACUCUUUCUUUAACUGGUAAAUUAUUAUAUCUUUUUGUAGAUCGGUUUUUAGUUCAAUGGCCAGAACUGAGUCAUCGUUUUAAUAAAGCUGAAUAUAAAGGUAUCCUUGUUUGAUAAAUUGCAUCGUAUAUAGAUUUAUCGAACUUUUUAUUAUGUAACACUACUGUAUAAAUAUCUGAAUUUAUAAAUAUUUGCAUUUUUUUUU